AUGGGAAACGGAGGCGCUCAUCCCCAAACACAGGGAAUCCUAAACCUCAUUCAUCAACCCGUUCUCUUUUUCCUUCUGAGCCUCUCACUGCUCCUCAACACCCUGGAUGAAGCACAUGCCAAGAUCCUCACCAUGAUCCCGUCCCUCGCUGCUUAUCCGCCCCGGCCAUCUUCGCAUGGGUUCUUGCCUAUUGAUACUAUUCUUGGACCUGUGAGGUAG